GCCCUCGGGCCGCCAGUCUCCCGCCGCGCGCCGCGGCCCCGAACAUGGCUGCGCGCCGCGCAGCCACCCUUGCCUGCUCGCUGCUGCUCCUGUCCGCCGCUCUGCUCCGCGGCGGCUGCCGGGCGCGCUUUGCCGCGGAGCCCGACUCGGAGCACGACGAAGAGGAGCCGGAGGUUUUCCCCGAGUCGCCGGUUCAGAGACCCACGGUGCUAGUGGCCAUCCUCGCCCGCAACGCUGCGCACGCGCUGCCUCACUUCCUCGGCUGCCUGGAGCGGCUGGACUACCCUAAAAGCAGGAUGGCCAUCUGGGCAGCCACUGAUCACAAUGUGGAUAAUACAACAGAAAUACUCAGGGAGUGGUUGAAAAAUGUACAGAGAUUCUAUCACUAUGUCGAGUGGAGGCCUAUGGAUGAACCAGAAUCUUACCCUGAUGAAAUUGGACCAAAGCAUUGGCCAGGCUCCCGUUUUGCCCAUGUGAUGAAACUACGGCAGGCGGCCCUUCGAACUGCGAGGGAAAAAUGGUCAGACUAUAUUCUGUUCAUAGAUGUCGACAACUUCCUGACUAAUCCACAGACCCUCAAUCUAAUGAUUGCAGAAAACAAAACCAUUGUGGCACCCAUGCUGGAGUCUCGGGGCCUGUACUCUAAUUUCUGGUGCGGAAUCACACCUCAGGGCUUCUAUAAACGCACCCCAGACUACCUUCAGAUCAGAGAAUGGAAGCGGAUGGGCUGCUUUCCCGUUCCCAUGGUUCACUCCACCUUCCUAAUUGACCUCAGGAAGGAGGCCUCUGACAAGCUGAUGUUCUAUCCCCCGCACCAGGACUAUACCUGGACCUUUGAUGACAUCAUCGUCUUUGCCUUCUCCAGCAGGCAAGCAGGCAUCCAGAUGUACCUCUGCAACCGAGAGCACUAUGGCUACCUGCCCAUCCCCCUGAAGCCCCAUCAGACCCUGCAGGAGGACAUCGAGAACCUCAUCCAUGUGCAGAUAGAAGCGAUGAUUGACGGUCCUCCAGUGGAACCCUCCCAGUUUGUUUCAGUUGUCCCUAAAUAUCCAGACAAGAUGGGAUUUGAUGAGAUUUUCAUGAUCAACCUCAAGCGCAGAAAGGACAGGCGGGACCGGAUGUUACGCACCCUGUACGAGCAAGAGAUUGAGGUCAAGAUUGUCGAGGCUGUGGAUGGAAAAGCACUCAACACAAGUCAGCUGAAGGCCCUGAAUAUUGAAAUGCUGCCUGGAUAUCGAGAUCCCUACUCCUCUAGGCCUCUCACCAGGGGUGAAAUCGGCUGCUUUCUCAGCCACUACUCUGUCUGGAAAGAGGUGAUUGACCGAGAGCUGGAGAAGACUCUGGUUAUUGAGGAUGAUGUGCGCUUUGAACAUCAGUUUAAGAAGAAGCUGAUGAAGCUGAUGGAUGACAUUGACCAGGCUCAGCUGGAUUGGGAACUGAUUUAUAUUGGCAGGAAGAGGAUGCAGGUGAAAGAGCCCGAGAAAGCGGUACCCAAUGUGGGAAAUCUGGUCGAAGCUGACUACUCCUAUUGGACGCUGGGCUAUGUCAUCUCUCUGGAAGGAGCACAGAAGCUGGUUGGAGCCGAUCCCUUUGGGAAGAUGCUGCCAGUGGAUGAGUUCCUGCCCAUCAUGUACAACAAGCAUCCUGUAGCUGAGUACAAGGAGUAUUAUGAAUCCAGGGACCUGAAGGCCUUCUCCGCCGAACCCUUGCUCAUCUACCCCACACACUACACAGGCCAGCCGGGGUAUCUGAGUGACACGGAGACCUCGACCAUCUGGGACAAUGAGACAGUGGCCACCGACUGGGACAGGACCCAUUCCUGGAAGUCCCGGAAGCAAGGUCACAUCCACCGCAACGCCAAGAACACAGAGGCCCUGCCGUCACCAACCUCCCUGGACGCUGUGCCUUCGAGGGAUGAGCUAUGAAGGCUCCGUGGGGGAUUCACCACCCUUGAAUUUUCUAACGGGCUAUUUGUCUGUUUGCUCCAGCUUCUUCUAGUGGUCACAGUCCUCUAACCAAAGUGGUCUACUGUGAUUGAGCAAAAUUAAUAUAUUCUUGACAGGGGAGGAUAAGAAGGAAACUUAACCUAAAUUUCCUAAGAUGGCUAGAAGAUAGGCUUUAUGGCAACCAUCGAGAUAAACUUCAAUCCAGACACCUAGCCCUUCAGUCUUUAUUCGUGUGAUACUGCUUCCUACAUUAAGGAUGAACAGUAUGGCCCAGAGACUCAUCCCUGAGAAAGGCAGUCACAUCAAUAAAUGGGCAGGCAGGGCAGUCGAACCAACUGGACCACAUCCGUUGGUCUCGUGUGACCUUGAAAACUUGUGUAUGUAACAAGUUUGCGGGGGGGGGGGGGGUUAAAUCAUUUAAAAGCAAAUUAAUUGGGCUUUGGUUUAAAGGAACUCUCUCAGGAGCCAGAGUGACCUGUUCACCUUAGUCUUUGUCAUCCAAUAGGGAUCCAGUAUUUGGGUCUGUCUGAGACUUGGCCUUUGACGAUCAUGGCAACUGAAGGGCUCCUAAAGAGGCGUCAAGUUUGCCAUGCGGGUAGAGUUUAGUAGAUAUUUGAAGGUUUGUGUAGAUAUUUGAGGAAAAAAAGAACUCAGACUUUGGCCUUGUAUUGUGGUCACUUGAGUUAGGAUGCUCUAUUUAUGAAGAUAAAUUUAAUAUAUAAAGGGGUUCGGGCUGGUGUCUAAAUUGUGUCCCAGGGGGCUCUGUGCUGCUGCGACAUGUCACGCUCUCCCCUCCACGCCUGAGCCUGGGAACGAACUGGGAGUGUGAGUUUUAUGAGUCACUGUUAGGAGGCAGAGCACAUUUUCAGGCCAGCAACUGGCCUUGCCUGGGUUUUUCGUUCUAUUUUGAAUUAUUUAUUCUACAAAAUGUGGGGAAAAUGUAAGAUAAGGCAGAGAAACAGAUUUUUCAAGCUUUCAUAGCACCCUGGGGAGUAGUGAGUGUGCAAUCUGGUUCUCCUGCAUUUCCCAGCCUGGCUCUUGCAGGGAGGCCUAUGGAGUGGGAGAUUCUCACCAUCUGGAAACAAAUGCUUUUCCAUUUCAGUAUACGUGCUGCCGAAGCGAGCACAAUGCUUUUCCGUUUCAGAUGACAGACUUGAUCAGAAACAAUGGACUGAUCCACUGAUUUAGGCCAACAUCCAGGGAAGCUCUCAGAGUCAGCGCCCUGGGCAGAUGACCUCCCCGCUUUCCUCACAGAGUGAUUUUCUGGAAAGUGCAGUGUUGGGCUACAUAUUCUCUGCCAGUUCCACAAUCUGUGUUCCUCAGAUAUCUCAUGAUGGUUUGCCUCAGGUUUGUGUUCGCCCGCCUGCACGCAGUCAGACUUUGCCUCCAGAAAUACCCUCCCCACACAUUCCUCCCUGAGCUUCACACUUUGGGGCAGAGCCCAUGGGCAGGGUUGCUGCGUGAACGCAGCUCAGUGCUCCCUGGUGAGGGCCCCCAGGCUGCGGGACAACAAGGCAGCUCGCCUUCCACAGAACACCAGCCUCAGCCUUCCUGCUUGACUUAUCGUUGAUACUCUUCCACACCGACUAGUAAGCAACGAGGCUGAGGAGGGGGAUCUCAGCCGACCUCAGUCUUCACUGCUUAGACAUACCUGUCAGAGCCUGACUCAUUUUUUUUUUCUAGAAAAACAGAAAGAGCAUCUGGGGAGCUAGUGAAAAACCCUUGGGUGGUCCCUAAGGUUUCCUUGGGUAUUUUGUAUUUUGUUUGCAUAUUUGAGUGCGUGCCAGUGUGCCUGACUUUCACGAUAUAUUUUUUUAAUAGGGUGGGAGGUGGUCGGGAGAUUGGGAGUGGAGAAAGAUUGAGUUGACUUUUGUGUGGUUUUGUUUAAUAGAGAACUUUUUGUUUUCCUUUUGCUGUCAGCUGGUCUGAUGGGUUUAUGAAUUCUCAUUCUUAAAAGAUAUUGGUCUUAAAUUCUAGAAUUUUAGAUUAGGACUGUUCUACUGUGAAUAAAGUUCUGGCUCUGUUAGCCCAGCCUUUGCUUCCGCCUGCUCGGGUCUGGGAUCCCAAGCAGUGCUCUUUCGUUGUGAACAUUGUGCUCUGCACACACCUGCAUUUGUUUUUAAAAAAUCGUCUCUUCAACAAUCCUAGGGUUCCUUGACCUCAUUAUUCUUCCUGCGUCCCCUCCAGUCUUAAGUCAAGACAUUUGACCUUUGCAGCAUCAGAGGCCUUUGCCUCCGCCAUGGCACCUGCUCUUUGCCUCUGGAAGUUAAACAUGGUCUGGAAUCCCGAUCUGGAUCCCUCUCUGGAUCUCGGGAUCCAAGGUGGGAUCUUCUGGACGAUGAGCCUGACUUCAGCAGUGCUGGUGCUGCUGAGUGUGGACUGAGCACCUACGAUUUGCAGAGGAUACACUCCCCGGCCCUGCUUUGGGUUCCCUGGGCCCUUCUGCAGGAACUCUGGAGGAUGAGAAAGAGCCGGCAUCCCAGCAUCCUACAUUGCCUAUCAUGCCGUGUCAUUUCAGGGAGGGGAAAUGAUAAACUACUUGCCUUCUAGAGAUCUUUGUGAAAAAUUAAAAAAAAAAAAUA